AACCAUGAGUGGAAGGGUGUGGUUAUCGUGUGUGGGCGGUGGUCCCUAUGUGUUAAUUAUACUUAUAACAAUAGCAUCUGCGGAGCAUAUAUGUAACCAUGUUCAUCCAAAACCAGAUGAGGUAACGUUGGGGGUUCACCUGGAGGCAGAGCACGUGGUGAGGAAGAGGAGUGUGGACCAGCCUCUUCGGAUCUCACUCUAUUAUGACGAGUCUGUGUACGGAUUAUCGCGGGAAAAAUACGACCUUAUUCACGAGAAUGUGAUGCCCUCAGCUGUGACGUACUGGCAGCAGGCACUGAUGGUGAGACGCACGGAGAGUGUCAUCAGGCUCAACAGGAGGUGUGAGAAGAACCAGGUGUUUCUGAUCAAGGGAGAGCCACACCCCUUCUGCAAGAGUAGGUGUGAGCCAGUCACCAUGUGCGGCGAGGUCCAGGUGCCCGAGGAACACCUUCACGCUUGUCGUGUGUGUAACACUCUGGGUCAGAACUGCCGGGAGGUGAACAAGGAGGUGGGUGAAGGAAUCCCGGGAGACUUUGUGUUCUACAUCUCUGCUCUGGAGACUGAGCGGUGUAAGAGAGGCUACACAGUGGCUUAUGCUGCCCACUGUCAGCAGGAGGCCGCCCUGGACAGGCCGAUCGCUGGUCACGCCAACCUGUGUCCUGGGGCCAUCAGCACCAAGGUUCAGGAGCUGGAGACUCUCAUAUCAACCGUGAAACACGAGAUCCUUCAUGCCCUGGGGUUCUCUAUCUCCCUCUACGCCUUUUACCGAGAUGAUGAUGGUAAUCCUCUCACUAACAGAACGGAGAAUGGCAAACCUGUAUUGAAUGAAGUGUUACAAGCAAGACAAUGGAGUGACCGAGUCAUCAAGCGUGUGGUGAGACCCAAGUGGGCAGUUAGAGGUGGAGUUACGUUAAAAGAAGUUAAUAUGGUUGUGACGCCAAGAGUGAGGGAAGAGGUGCGGAAUCAUUUCAACUGUCCUGACCUAGAAGGCGCCGAGCUGGAGGACCAGGGUCACGAAGGCACUGCUCUCACUCACUGGGAGAAGCGAGUCUUUGAAAAUGAAGCCAUGACUGGCACACACACACAAAACCCAGCUUACUCGAGGAUCACGCUGGCACUAAUGGAAGACACGGGAUGGUACCGAGCCAACUACCACCUUGCUCAGCCUCUCAAGUGGGGGCAUCACCUGGGUUGUACCUUUGCCAUGAAAAGUUGUAAGGAAUAUAUGGAAGAACAGUCUAAAAAGGGUAAAAGUAUUCAUCCAUUCUGCAACAAGGUCAAGAGAGAUCCGCUAGAAACUGACUGUACGGAAGACCGAAGCUCAGUUGCUCUCUGUAACUUGAUAGAACAUAAAAAUCAGCUGCCCUUACAUUACCAGAACUUUGGGGUCAUUCCCCACGUGUCGUCACACAGGGUCGGCCACUACGGGGGGUCUGUAGCUCUGGCCGACUACUGCCCCUACAUUCAGGAGUUUACGUGGAAGAAUCAGGACAUCAUCAUCCGUGGUUCUCACUGCCAGUACGAGGAGAAUAAUCCAGAUUCAGAAAAGAACUUUGCACUGGAGUCAUACACAGAAGAUAGCAAAUGUUUUAACCAGCAGCGAAUUUGGACCGAGCGUACUUGCUAUCAUCUUCGACAGUGGCAACACUGGGGUUCGGGCUGUUACCAGUAUAUGUGUGUUGACGGUAGAUUGCACAUUAUUGUUGCAAAUCAUACAUAUACUUGCUAUCAUGCUAAUCAGGUGAUAAACAUUUCUAUCUUCCAAAAUGAUUGGCUACACGAGGGGGCCAUCGUGUGUCCAUCGUGUGAGGAGAUCUGUAAGCAAAGUGAUAUGGUAUGCAAGAGAGGCACAGAACCACCGUCCUCUGCUGAGUAUUACAGAGAUCAACUAGUGUGUCGAGGGUGUCAUCUGUCUGCCCUCCAGUCACUCCUCCUCUCUGUUGUUGUGUGUCAGGCCAUCCAAACACUCAUGUAUUACCCAGGGUUACUCUGACCCUAGGUGACGUAGUCCAAUUUAUAAUUCUCACUCUCAUUGAUAAAAAUCUGGCCACUUCAUAUAGAAAGUCCACAAAUUGCAUGAGAAUUUUCCAGUUCUUUGUGAUUUUUCCUGGAAAUCUUUUAGUGGUUCAUAACGUUUUAUAUAUUUUGAUAAUGAAUCAUUCCCAUUAGCCCGUGAAGACUGUUGCCGGGUGAUCUACCAGAAACCUUGUGUUGACAGUUAACUUCUGUAAUGCAAAAACAAAAUAGAAUCGUUAUAUACAGGUCAAGGUAACAACUGUGAGUAAAGCAACAAGAAGAUACUUGUAUGAAACAUGUGAUCUACUUGAGAGGCAGCUGGUGGUUGGGGUGUUAGUGUUGUCAUCACUACACGUGGCAACUGAUACACCUUCAAGUGUAGAUAUCAUUUACUUGGUCUAAUGAGGUGUAGUCCAUUAUAUCUACCACAUGAACUUGGUAAUAGAGUACUGUACAGUUAAUAGAUAGGAAGAUAGAUGAUUAGAAAUUAAAGAAGUUUAUUUGAAAAAUCUUCUGUUUAUUAGAAAAUCUGUUAACCAUACAAGUUAUCCACCGGGUAAAGUAUUGCUUACCAUCACUUAAAAACAAUAUAUGCACAUGUAGGCUCGUUUACAGUAGCAUAUUGAUAAUUUGCUCGAGAUAGUAGUAGCAUAUAUAGACUUAUACAGUACUCUAGUUUCAGUUGAUCAUAAGAUAUAUUUCAUCAGUAGUGACUUGAAGAAUCCAGAAAACAGAUAUUAAACAUUGUCCAGAAGAUAGUGAUACAGAUGUGUUAUAUUGUGUGCAUGUGUCAGUUGUGUUUCAUUUCUUUCACAAAACAAUUGAAUGUUUUGUUCCAUACAUUCCCAUUGUUAUGUUACAUAUCUUCAUCAUUCCAAACCAUAUACUGUUUAAAAAUGCUUUGUCAAGGUGGCACCAGGAAUUUGUAGCUUAGCUUUAUGGAAUUACUGAUAUACUGUAUUAUAUUUUAGCUGCUGAUAUCUUGGGAUUUUGCCAAACUGGCAAAAUCCCAAGGUAUCAGUUUUUAGUGUUAUCAAUUAUUUAUUUAUUUUAAAAAAUAAUUAGAAAUUUUAACUGCCAUUUUUAAGGAAUAUACUGUACUGAUAUUGACAAUAGUGUCAAAAGUGUAUAAUUUUAGAAGUGAGAAGUACAGUGAAAGAUUCUUAACUGUUCACUGAAUGUACUGUCUAUAGCUGAGGCUGAGCAGUGUCAUGGUUGUAGAGGUGUGUGGUACUGCUGGUGCCUGUUAUGCCCAUAACUGAAAAUGGUGCCUUCUGUGAUAACACAUGGAUGUGAAGGAAUACCACAAACUGAGUAAGUUAUAGACAGAAAUUAUAUUAUAGUGAAGGGAAAUAGUUAUUGAAAAUGCAUGUACUGUAUAAACCAAGACUCGUCAUCCCACUUAUGAAGUGUGCGUGUGUGCAAGUGAAGUGCUCAAGUAUGGAGGAAUUCUUGUUGUUUAAUACACUAUAUUUGUGUGUGCUUAAAGAUAUUGUUGCUAGUCAAGCCAUAGAGAUAUUGUUUUAUUUUUAUGAUGGAUUUUCAGAGUUUACCUGAAAUUCCUUAGUGCCUCGUGUGUCAGCGGACCAAGACUACGCUCUACUACAAGUCGGUUAUGAGAGAAGACCUGUCUUGUCUGUUGUGUGUGGUAGGAUGGUUACACUUAAGAUCCUGCUGCACAAUAAUGUUAAUAUAGAAAAAAUAAUGAGCCCAUAUUAUUCCAUAUAGACGAGUACUUUAUAAGAAUUCCUUAUUUUGUUAUGCCUGACUUUAAUUUAUUAAGAUUAUAUACAGUAGUGUGGUGUUAUGUACGGCAGUGGCUUCACCUUAUAACCUGCCCCUGUGACAUGACACAUCGGUCUGGGCUUAUUUGAUGGUAGAAUAUUAAUGGUUGUUUAAACUGUAGUGUACCUUAUUUUUUUAUUUUUUUACAUUUCAGUUUUGUUUAUCUUAUUUAUCAUGGAAUUAUUAAUUACAUUAGAGGUCGGAUGAUUUGGAUAGAUGUCUGUGAUACUGUAUGUAUUUUUACCCAAUUUAUCCAACCAGGAGGGAACUCGUAACAGUGGUUUUAAAUUAGACAAAUUUAGAUUUCGGCGCGAAAUAGGUAAACAUUGGUUUGGAAAUAGAGUAGUGGA